GGGCAGAUAGGUCUGUGGAGGGGCCUGGGGCGACGCAUGACGGGCAGCACUGAGGGGUCUGGAGGGAGGCAUCUGGAGCCUGUCUGGACGAAUGUGGUGUUGGGAUCUCAUUCGACUGUGUGAGGAUGGGAGCCGGCAUGGUUUCGCUGGAGUCAAAUCCUGCCUCACUCAUCUGGUGGCCUUCUGCAGUGGGAUUUCGAGAGAAACUAUGCCGUUUUUGGGCCAAGACUGGAGAUCCCCUGGAUGGAGAUGGGUUAAAACAGAAGAUGGAUGGAAAAGAUGUGAACCCUUUAGUCCUGCACUUGAGGAUGGGAAUAAUCAGCUGAAUGAUAUCAGCCACACUGUUAUCAUAACUGGGGAUGAUGAGAAUGAAGAAGUGUACAAUACUGAAGACUGUGAGUUUGCAGCCAAGAAAAGGAAAAAAGAUCAUUUUAGGAAUAACACAGAUUCACAAUGUUUUUAUCGUGAAAAGUGGAUUUACGUUCAUAAAGAAAGCACCAAGGAAAGACAUGGCUAUUGCACCUUGGGAGAAGCCUUUAACCGCUUAGACUUUUCAAGUGCGAUUCAGGACAUCCGGAGGUUCAAUUACGUGGUCAAACUUUUGCAGUUAAUUGCAAAAUCCCAGUUAACUUCACUGAGUGGUGCAGCACAGAAGAACUACUUUAACAUUUUGGACAAAAUUGUGCAGAAGGUUAUGGAAGACCAGUAUAAUCCACGAUUGAUCAAAGAUCUUCUACAGGAUCUGAGUUCUACUCUCUGUAUACUCAUUAGGGGAGUAGGAAAAUCUGUGCUGGUAGGCAACAUCAAUAUUUGGAUUUGCCGAUUAGAAACUAUCCUUCUGUGGCAACAACAAUUAAAAAACCUUCAGAUGAACAAGCAAGUCAACAAUGGACUUACGCUUAGCGAUCUCCCUCUCCAUAUGCUGAAUAACAUCUUAUACAGGUUCUCUGAUGGCUGGGACAUUAUUACUCUGGGUCAAGUGACCCCAACUUUGUACAUGCUUAGUGAAGACAGACAGUUGUGGAAAAAACUCUGCCAGUACCACUUUGCAGAAAAGCAGUUUUGUAGGCAUUUGAUUCCAUCGGAGAAAGGUCACAUUGACUGGAAGCUGAUGUACUUUGCACUUCAGAAAUAUUACCCAAUAAAGGAGCAGUACGGGGACACCUUGCAUUUCUGUCGACACUGUAGUAUUCUGUUUUGGAAGGACUACCACCUUGCUUUGUUACUCCAGGAUACAGGACACCCCUGCACAGCCAGUGAUCCAAACACCUGUCUCAUGCCAGUAUCUCCUCAGCAUUUCAUUGAUCUCUUCAAAUUUUGAGAUGUUCAUUAGUUGUUCUCCUGUGUUUGUGGCCAUUUUUGUGAAGAGUCAGGCAGGAUAUGUUACGCUUUUUGUGCAAUAUAUUUAAAUGUAAUGUUUUAUUGUAGUUUAAAAAAAUAUAUGGGGGGGAUUAUCAGAGAGGAUCAUUUGGCAUAUUGCUUUUGUGCAGAAUAGAGAGGAGGAAAGGAGAAACAUUAAGAAAAUUUCGUUGUCAGGAAAUCUCCAGUGGACUUUUUUUUCAAGUCCAAGAAAGACCAGUUUAAUCUCAACUUUAAAUCCAUGCUUUUGACGCCUUAAUAGUUGGUUAAAAUUAUGUAGGGGAGUUUUGAAAAUUUCAUGGAAGAAUUAAAUACUCUUGCAGGGACCAAAGGAGGGUUUUUUUCUUUGUUAAUCCUUCUUUCUAUAAGCCAUGGUUUUCAAAACACUUCCAUAUAAUUUGUACUAUUUUAAAGAGUAGGCCAGUAUUCUCUUAGAAUCUUAGUACAUCAUUAUGAAGGUGGCAUUAAUUACUAUGAGCUAGUGAGAAAAAUAUAACUGUGGUUAUAUCUGCUGUUGAACCUAUACAAAUGAAGGAAAUCAACCAAUUUUUAUACAUACGUUAUGCAAAAAUAUUUAUUUUUCCUAAGAACUUUGUUAAGCAUUUAACCUAUCUUAGCACAUCUUGCAGAACUCAUGAGACCAAUCUGGGGCUACUGGAAAUCUUUCUGAUGGUAGCUACAGCCUUCAUUUAUACUGUUUGGAAUGUCUACAAGUGUAACUGCAUUAAUUAAUCUUCUAAGAAGAAGACAUUAUUGACAUUUAAUGAGGACGGAGUUUCUUGUUUCUAGACUGGUACAGCGGCAGAACACUAUGCUACCAACUGAGGUUCUAACCUGACAAACUGUGGAAAACACUGAAAAUCAGUCUGAGCUGGAGCACCUUCUGCCAAGUUAAUCAGAUGAUAUAUUCUCCAGGAAGCUAUUUUGUUGUAUCCUGUAGAACAAUAUAAAUUGCUUGGCUUAAGCAGGUAAAUGAAAAAUUAUGGAAGUUUUGGAUUUUUCAAUUAAAUUUAACAAUAUGUAAUGUACAGAGAGAAUAAAUCAUGUUCCAUAUUCUGCACUUGCCUGUUCUGAAUCCAGUUUUGUACAGUGUAAUAAAUCACGUUUUUUAUCUGUUA